AUGAAAACGUUCUUCUUGGAGUUCAUACCAUCCAUUUCUGUGAGCAAUUGGUUGACAACUCUGUCAGAAGCUCCACCGGCAUCUCCCAUACUACCUCCUCUUGCCUUGGCAAUAGAAUCCAGUUCGUCCAAGAACACAACUGUAGGAGCAGCAGCUCUAGCCUUGUCGAAGAUGUCUCUGAUAUUAGACUCAGACUCACCGUACCACAUACUCAACAGUUCAGGUCCCUUAACAGAGAUGAAGUUGGCAGACACCUCGGUAGCAACUGCUUUAGCCAAAAGAGUCUUACCAGUACCUGGUGGACCAAAGAAUAAAACACCCUUCGAUGGGGAAAGACCAAACUUGGUUUUCACGCAAUGCAGAUGGGUUAGAGUUACCAAGGGCAAAUCUGAAGUUGUCCAUGGUGACUCCCAAGGAGUCAAGAACCUCUGCAUCAAUGUUCUCCUCUUCGAGGUCAAUCAAGUCCAUCUUCUCUCUAAUUUGCUGCAUAGCAGCCUCGGAACAAAGCGACGCGAUAUCAGCACCAACGUAACCAUGGGUCUCAGAGGCAAUGGUCUCCAAAUCGACAUCGUCAGCAAGCUUCAUGUUCUUGGUAUGAAUCCUCAACACCUCGAGUCUUCCAGUGGCAUCUGGAAUACCAAUAUCGACUUCUCUGUCAAAUCUACCGAAUCUUCUCAAAGCAGGAUCAAUGGAGUUUGGUCUGUUGGUGGCGGCAAUAACGACAACGUUAGAUCUGGCCUUCAUACCAUCCAUCAAUGUCAAAAGCUGAGAAACAACUCUUCUUUCAACCUCACCGUUGGUCUUGUCUCUCUUUGGAGCGAUAGAGUCGAUUUCAUCAAUGAAAAUGAUAGCUGGAGAGUUCUUCUCAGCUUCCUCGAAAGCUUUUCUCAGAUUACUUUCAGAUUCACCGGCCAUCUUGGACAUAAUUUCUGGACCGUUGAUCAAGAAGAAGAAAGCACCAGUCUCGUUGGCGACGGCUCUGGCCAUCAAGGUCUUACCGGUACCCGGAGGACCAUACAUUAA